UAUCUGGCUGUGGAUGUGAGGAGGCUGAACGUCAGUCUUCUUCGUUGGUUCCGAGAGGGCGUAGCGGCGGCGCUGGGUGUUCCUGCAGGACACGUGCACAUCAACCGUCUGAAUGAGAAGAAGAAUGGCAUCGAGCUCUUCGUGUCCUCUGAUAGGCUGGGCAUCUCCGAGCCCCGCCCCGCCGAAGAUGUCAUCCAAUCCCUGAACGUCCCGGUCCUCCACCGCCACCUGGGGCACUUCGGCAUCACCGAGGUCUCCACCGAGAAGAACGUCCUGCAGGACGAGCAGAGGGACCACGUGUGGAGCAGAGAAGGCUUUUACGCUGUCGUCCUCUUCUUCACCGUCUUCGUCAUCGUCAUCACCUGCUUGAUGGUUUUGUACCGACUCAAGGAGAAGGUCCAGGUUUCUGACAGACAGCUGAAGGCUCUGCCCCCAAACCUCCACCUGACCACCAUUGUCCACUUAGACUCCGCCCAGAAGUCAAAGGGCACCAAGGUCGGGCGCCAAAACUGUUUGUAAAAUAUUAUGAGACGAUGUGCACAGACAGACGUACAAAAGGCCUGAAUUAUAUUCAUUUAUCAAAUUAAUUUGAUCCUUUUGUUGUUGUUUUGGGGUUUUUUCAAUGUUAUUAUCUCUGCCUGUGGGGAGAUCAUGUGCGUUGUCACGUGUGUGUGUGUGUAUCCGUCCAUCUGUCCGCGGUUUUAUUGUUUUAUAUCGUCAUUGACUCGAUUG